UAUAAGCUAGUAAUCGCAGUAUCGCCACUGCAGUCGACCUGUGAGGUUUAGGUUUCACUUGCGAUUUAUGUUUAUUACGUACAAGUUCUUCAUAAUAUAUACAUUUUAAUUAAAUUAGUUGUGUAAUUUUUUCACAAUGAAACGGUGUUUAGAAGAGCAUGAAUCCACCAUGAACGAACAAAAUGAAGGUGCUUCGUGUUCAAAAAGUAAAUCCUGUCUUACAAGCAAUGCUGAUGAAUCUGAAACUCAAAUGGACUUAAUUAAUAAAACUACAAAUUCCGAUGAUGAUAAUGAUAUCUUAAAUGAGAAGCGAAAAAAUUAUAUAAGCUGGGAUGAUCUUUUUAUGGCCAUUUCAUUUUUGUCAGCGAAACGAAGUAAGCAUCGUAAUACUAAAGUUGGUGCUUGUAUUGUUGACUUGGACAAAAAAAUCGUAGGCAUAGGAUAUAACGGAAUGCCUACUAGAAGUGACAAUUGUAACUUUAAAUAUGAUAAAUUUAUAUGUUUUUAUGAAUGUCACGCUGAAAUGAAUGCCAUAUUGAAUAAAAACUCUAUAAAUUUACAAAACUGUACCAUAUAUGUAUCUGUUUAUCCGUGUAGUGAAUGCACGAAAAUUAUCAUUCAAUCCGGUAUCAAGGAAGUAGUGCAUUUCCCAAAAUCAAACGCAUGUACAGCAGCCGCUAAGAAGAUGUUUGGUGCGUCGGGUUUAAUAAUCAGAGAACACAAACCCAAUCAGAAUAUUAUACUUGAUUCAAUAACAGACCAAUCAGAUGGGAGUGAUUUAAGCUGGGAAAAUUUUUUUAUGGCUACAGCAUUGUUGAUGUCAAAACGUAGUAAAGAUCCCGUAUCACAAGUUGGAGCUUGUAUUGUUGACUCGGACAACUUAAUUGUAAGCACAGGAUAUAAUGGAAUGCCUACUGGAUGUAACGAUGAUGACUUUCCAUGGGGUAAAGACAGUGUGUCGGAUUUAAAAAACAAAUUUGUUUAUGUAUGCCACGCUGAAAUGAAUGCUAUAUUUUAUAAAAGAUCUAUAAAUGUAAAAGAUUACACCAUAUAUGUAACGCGUUUUCCAUGCAUUGAAUGUGCAAAAAUAAUUAUUCAAUCGGGUAUCAAAAACGUAGUUUAUUUGUGGGAUCCGAAAUUAGGUAAAAAGAAAAAUAAGUCCAUCAGAAGUAUCUUUUCUGCAUCGGGAGUAGAAAACAGACCACACAACCAAAACCGUAAAAAGCUGGAUAUCAUACUUGAUUUUUCAACAACUGACUAAUACUCCAUACAUUUCAUAUUAUAAACAAUUGUAUUUAGUAUAGGUAUAUUUGACUACAUUAAAAUAUGAUUUUUCAAAUAUGGAAGCGCAAGAAAAUAAAAUAAUUUACUAGAAAAAUUUAAAUAAUAUAUUUCAGAAAAAAAUUUUAAAUUAAAAUGUAAACAGCCAUUGUUGUUGAAGCAGAUUGAUCAAUAAUAAUAAAAAACAUAUGAUUAAUUUGUUAAUAACCAAUAAUUUUUAAAAGUGAAAAUUACCUUGGGAAAUUGUUAGUCACUUAUUAUUUUCUUGUUUAUCAUUAUAAAAUAUACAUACAUAUAAUAAAACCAAAAAACGUGUGAUUUA